AUGAGAAGGAAGCUAAGAAAUGGAAAGGUGGCCCGCGCUGGGAUAUGCCCAGGCGCGGGCGAAAUCGCUGGAGCGCUGAGGCAGUCGCGCGCGGCUAAGUCCCCACUGCAAGGGCGGGCUAGCGGCGCGCGCCCGAAAACCGCCGGCGCCGGCGCGCUGAGGCACUCGCGCGCGCCUAAGUCCCCACCACAGGGGCCAGGCUAGCAGGCGCGCGCAACGACCGAGGCGCCCCUGUCGAGCUGAGAGUGGACUCUUCACAUGCAGGACAUCGCAUCACCUUGGCCGCCAUCCGUCCUUUGUACUGGUGGUCGUCCAUGUCUGCCGAUUGCGCCGAGUUCUGCCGUUCAUGUGAAGACUGUACCCGAGGCAAGGCGUCCACUCAAGUCCCCUAUGGCCGACUGCAUCCGAUGCCGAUCCCUUCUGGUCCUUGGGAACAAGUGGCCAUCGACUUCAUGACAGGACUGCCUCCGGUCGAGCUCGAAGGGAUGAUGGUUGCUCAAAUCAUGGUGGUCACUGACACUUGGGGCAAGAUGGUCCACCUGAUUCCCCUCCCAGCCGAUGCCGACUCGGAGCUCGUUGCCGAGAAGUACUACGCCACCGUCUUCCGACUGCAUGGGAUGCCUUCCGCCAUCGUUUCCGACCGUGAUCCCAAGUUCACCUCGCAGUUUUGGCGGGCAUUGCAGGCAAAGAUUGGCACCGUCUUGCGAAUGUCAACCGCGGCACACCCGGAGACGGACGGAUCGAGCGAGAAUCGGAUCAAGAUGGUCACCCAAACCCUGCGGAUCAUGGUCUCGUCAAACCACGAGGCUUGGGCAUCUCGUCUUGUUGAAGCUGAGUUCGCUCUUAACUCUUCUGUUGCUGUGUCCACGUCGCUGUCGGCUUUUGAGGCAACCUACGGCUACCUUCCUCGAUGCUGGCCCUCGGAUUCCUGGUCUGUCUCGGACGUCCCUCGUGCGGAAGCGUUUGCUCGGAUCCGACAAUUACGGAACCUUGACGUGACGGAUGCGAUCAUUGGAGCACGCCUCAACCAGUCCCAUCAGGCCAACAAGCAUCGACGCCCAGACGACCCCGCCUUUCGGACCGGCAGUUACGUCUAUCUUUCGACAAAGAACCUGGCAGUUCCUGACGGCAUGAAGUCGAAGUUGUUGCCGCGCUACAUCGGCCCCUUCCGUAUCCGAGCGGCCAUCCCUGCGACGUCCAGCUACGACCUCGAGCUCCCUCCAGCGAUGUCGCGAGUGCACAAUCGUUUCCAUGCUCGACUGCUUCGGCCUUGCGUUGAGAAUGAUGCUGAAAGGUUUCCUGGGCGUGACCCCGCAGUUCUUUUUGUCGAAGACGUAGCCGACGCGGCCGACAAUUCUGCGAUUCCGGAACGGAUUGUUCGCGAUCGGCGGAACGCUCGGGGCGCUCGUUCGUUCUUGGUUCGAUGGGUAGGCCGUAACGACACCGACGAUACUUGGAUGUCAGAGCAGUCCAUUCGCCUUGACCAUCCGUCCGUCCUCGACGCCUACCUCGCGCGCCUCGAUCGCUCGAACCGCCGCCUCGCCGCACGGUAG